UGGCUAGCAGCUGUCAGAUUACUAGAGUAAGCAGAUCAAUCCCUCAUAUAACCAGAAGCUGAGUAAAGGGCACUGGAAGAACUGCACAGGUCACGGCAUGAUUGAUGACUGCUGAGAAGAAACCUUUUUUUUUUUUUUUUUUUUUAAAAACGCCUGUAGUCACAGAACUAAUAAAUAAGUGGAAGAGCAAGUUAACACAUCUCUACUCUUGCCCUCAGGAUAAAAACACCUGGUAGCCUCAUCACCCGCCACCCACCCCGGUAAUGCUUAAAAGCUGUGGUAAAGAAUCACGCUACACAAGCACCCUUCUUAGAUAUCAUACACACACACCUACUUAAGCGCCGACAGACAGGCAUAAACACUGUGAGUAUGGCAGGCUCCUCCACCGGGCGGACAGGGAACCAACAGGCUGAUUUAAGUCCCGAAGAGAGAGGCCAAUGGGCAAACAAGAUUGAAUUUCUGCUGACUGUGGCCGGAGCCAUCAUAGGGCUUGGAAAUGUUUGGAGGUUCCCAUAUCUUUGCUAUAAAAAUGGAGGAGGGGCUUUUUUCAUUCCAUAUGUCCUGUACCUGCUCACUUGUGGUAUCCCGCUUUUUGUGCUUGAGACAUCUUUGGGUCAGUACACCAGUCAGGGAGGUAUCACAUGUUGGAGAAAGAUCUGUCCUCUUUUUGAAGGAAUGGGUUAUGCCAGUCAAAUUAUUAUUGUAUAUGGCUCAAUUACCUACAUCAUCAUCAUAGUCUGGGCCUUCCUGUACCUUUUCUCAGCCUUCAGUGUGGAACUGCCCUGGGCCAGCUGCAACAAUUUGUGGAACACAGAUGCUUGUACUGUGCUUGGGAAGAAUUCUAGUUCAGGGUGGAUGUCUCCUCUUAAUGCUUCUUCCUCUGUGAUGGAAUUCUGGCGUCACAGAGUUUUGCAACUGUCCAGUGGAAUACAUCAUUUGGGCACAGUAAGGUGGGACUUGGCUCUUAUUCUCCUACUUGUUUGGAUCCUGAUCUACUUCUGCAUCUGGAAAGGCGUGAAAUCUACUGGGAAGGCAGUCUAUUUCACAGCAACAUUCCCUUACGUUAUGCUCCUGAUACUGCUGUUACGAGGGGUCACUUUACCUGGUGCCGUCAACGGCAUCCACUACUACAUGUACCCAGAUCUGACACGGCUAGCUGACCCGCAGGUAUGGAUGGAUGCUGGGACUCAAAUCUUUUACUCUUACGCCAUAUGUCUUGGAUACCUCAGCUCUCUUGGAAGCUAUAAUAAGUAUAACAAUAACUGUUAUAGGGACUCUUUCUACCUGUGCUUGCUGAACAGCGGAACCAGUUUUUUAGGUGGGUUUGCCAUUUUCUCUGUUCUGGGACACAUGGCACAGGAGCAGGGGGUGGACAUAUCCCUUGUGGCCGAGUCUGGUCCAGGACUGGUGUUUAUAGUGUACCCUCAGGCGGUGACAUUGUUGCCAUUGCCUCAGUUCUGGGCUGUGUGUUUCUUUAUCAUGAUCAUCCUCUUGGGCUUGGACAGCCAGUUUGACUGAAUGAACAUAAUAACAACAUCAACAAAAAACAUCCCCCACACGGUGUUGAGACGUGGCUUUAGAAGAGAGCUGCUGCUUUUAGGGAUUUGCCUGGUCUGCUACCUGAUGGGCCUCUUCAUGAUCACAGAGGGUGGUCUGUACAUCAUUCAGUUGUUUGAUCAUUACGUGUGUAGUGGAGCCACUCUCCUGUUCCUGGCUACAUGUCAGUCUGUGGCCAUUGGCUGGGUAUAUGGUGCUGACCGUUUCUAUGAGAACAUAGAAGACAUGAUUGGCUACAAACCCUGGCCCAUGAUGAAGUACUGCUGGCUCUAUGUCACCCCCUCUGUCUGCAUAGGCACCUUUAUCUUCUCUCUGGUCAAGUCCAGUCCCCUGAAGUUUAAUAACACAUAUAUGUAUCCGUGGUGGGCAUAUGGUCUUGGUUGGUUCCUCGCGGCAUCCUCUCUCUCUCUCAUCCCCAUUAACAUGAUUUACAAACUCUACAUGGGUAAAGGGACUUUCUGGGAGCGUCUCCAGUUGGCUUGCACUCCAGCAGAGGAUCUACCUCAGCCUCAGAGACCCUCGGCACAUCAUUAUACUCUGUCAUCCUGUACAGACAGAGAAAAGACCCCAGACAACCUUUAAUGUUCAACUGCCAUUAUGUCAAUUGUACCUAUAUAUUAAAUAGCAGUUCAGUCAAUUAGUCCUAAUGGGAAAAUGUAUUAAGUUUUAAUUAACUAAUAGAUUAAAAAGGCAAAAGUAAGACAACAGCGGACACAACUGCAUAUAUCCUUCCUUCUGCAUAAAGUAAAUAGUGCCUUGUUUUAUAUAAAACAUUUAUGGACUGUUAUCUAUUAGUAAUCUACUAUUGCUGAUUGUGAGCCCACCUUUUUACUAUUUUUUUUUUUUUUUUUUAAAAAGCAAUGAUUAUUUGUUUCAUAGCAAACACUGAAUCUUGCUUUUACAGAGGCAGAUACUUUUACCAUACAAACACAUACUGUACAUAAGUAUGUAUUGCCUUAAAGCAAAGCGGCCAUGACGAACAAAGCAGUCAUGCAUUUUGACAGUUGGGUAUUCUGAGGGGACAGUUUAUUAGAGAUUUUCUCUAUGAUUUUCUCAUGCAAGUUAACCUGCUAUGAGAUAAAUUGAGCCUUCAGGCAUUGUUUUUAUGGGAUCCAUGGUAAGAGAUGUAUUGAUAUUUCUUUCAGUGAUAUACAGUCUUUCACAUACCUUGAAGGCAUUAUGUAAAAUGUGCUUGAUCAGUACCAAGGUUUCUGGAAAAUACAAGUCAUGGACAGGGAGAUAUAUGUAUUUUUAUAGUUGUAUGUUUUGUAGUAUGUUGUCUUUAUAGUAGUUUAAAACUCGUAUUCUAGUAUCUUUUUAGAUUUAUUAUACAUUUAAAACAAAAACAGUAUAAAUGUAAAAAAAGUAAACAUGUAUUAGAAUAUGUAGUGGAAGAAUCUUUUUAACAUCCUUCAGAUUAGUCUGUAAAUCAUACAUAUCUUUAUUUAUAUAGAAAUGUGUUUCGCGCAUUUUAGAGAGACAAUUUACAGAUUGAGGAGAGAAAUGAUUUUUCUUUCUGUCUGAUCAUUUUCCCAAUCUUCCAGAUGAUAAAAAGCAAUGCUUUCAAGUAAUUUAUACUACUCAUAGGCAACAAGCACCCAUUUUUAGGCUCCAACAAUAAUAGGAUUUUGUGGGUUAUAACCUCUAUGGCUUUGUUUACUUUUUUUCCAUAGACACAGAUUAAGCUUAAUCCAGGAUAGCUGCAUUCUGAAAUGUGGGUUUUCCGUAAAAAUCCUUUGAAGUCUAGGAUCAUAAAACAUCUGUCCAGAAAACUGGGAUUAUGGUGAUAUAGGUACCAUCUGAUGUUGUUCUGCCAAAUAAAAAGUCACUGCUAA